ACAGGAGCAGAAGAUUUUUCCGCCCCGGAAAAUUUCGAAAGAUAAAUAAAAAUCAGUCUCUCACAAUGGCCAUCCCCAGGAUAAUGGUCUUCCGACCGACCUGGGAAGAGUUCCAGGACUUUUCCGGUUACAUCGACUACAUGGAGUCAAAGGGAGCCCACAAGGCUGGCCUUGUCAAGGUCAUUCCUCCCCCUGAAUGGACACCUCGGAAGCAAGGCUAUGAUCUGAAGAACAUCAACGUCACAAUUCGGACGCCUAUAUCGCAGGUGGUAUCCGGAAUGCAGGGUCUCUACCAGCAACUUAACAUCCAGAAGCGAUCGAUGACCGUACAGGAGUUUUACGACAAAACCCGCCAGGAACGGCACGCCACACCAAAGCACUUUGACUAUGAGGACUUGGAGAAGAAGUUCUGGAAGAACGUCACGUAUGUGGCCCCGAUCUACGGAGCGGAUGUCCCCGGAAGCAUCACCGACCCGGAUGUCAAAGUGUGGAACAUCAACAGCUUGGGGACGAUUCUGGAUUACGUCAAUACGGAUUACAACAUAUCGAUCGCUGGGGUGAAUACUGCCUACUUAUACUUUGGCAUGUGGAAGACAACUUUUGCGUGGCACACGGAGGAUAUGGACCUGUACUCGAUCAACUUUUUGCAUUUUGGAGCUCCCAAAACGUGGUACGCAAUUCCGCCGGAACACGGGAAAAAGUUGGAACGACUGGCAGAGCGUUUCUUCCCGGCGAAUCACCAGGAAUGCAAAGCAUUCCUGCGUCACAAAAUGACCUUGAUCAGCACCCAAGUGCUGAAGCAGAACGGGAUCCCGUUCAACAAAAUCACCCAAGAGCCCGGGGAAAUUAUGAUCACGUUCCCGUACGGUUACCACGCCGGGUUCAAUCACGGCUUUAACUGUGCCGAGUCGACCAACUUUGCCACCGAGCGGUGGAUUGAGUACGGGAAGAGGGCUUCGGUGUGCAACUGUCGGCCGGAUAUGGUUAAAAUUUCGAUGGACACUUUUGUGCGCCGGUUUCAACCGGACGCGUACGAGAAGUGGCUGCGCGGGGAGGACUACGGGUACCAUCCGGAGGAUCCGAAUACCUACUGCGCCGCCCCCAAACCGAGGGUUUUACCCAAGAAGAUGCAGGAACAUCUUCAAUUGCAUGUACAAAAGCGAGGCUGCGCCCCGCUCAAGGUGGACAAGAAAAAACCUUGCAAAAAAUCGGAAAAAUCAAAAGAGAAACUAAAGUCCAUCUGGAGCAAACUGGAGGGCAAAGAGGGUGGCAUGGCCACCAACCUGCUACUCGAUGGUCCCGUAAAAAACACCAACCGCAUCCGUUUCCAGACGAAAACCAUAAACCUCCUAGAAGAUUGAUCGUUGUUGGGCUCGUCGGCGGCCGCGACCUCAUCGCCGCCGUCGCCGCCGCCAAAGUCUUAACCGAACCCUUAGAGCGGAAUCCCGAAAGCAAAUGCGUGCAAUCCGAUUUACUUCGACUUGUUAGAGAAUAGGAAGCUGUAGAAUAAGCCGACGCGAUCGCACACCCUAAUGCUAGGACAAAUUGUGUGUGUGCUGUUGUGCGACACGUGGUAGGUGUUUGUUACUUAUAAGGUUUUUGUUUCGAUGGUUUUUCCUCGUUAGAGAAUUGUGCGACGAUAUGCCAUAAGCUCAGUAUGGUAGAUCUCAUUCUGUUUAGUUUGUAUUUUAGAUCUAUGGUUAUACUAAAACCUAAACAUUGUGCAAAAACAAAAACGAGUGGAUUUUAAUGCGUUUAUGUAAGUAUUUGAUAUAUCAUAGUAAUAUAUUAUGUAUGAGUAUUUUCCUCCA